ACGACUCUCCCGGAUUCCUGGAAAGAGGGGGGGGGGGGAAAAGAAAAAUCUAGAGCUACUGUUUUUUGUCUUACUUUAUAUCCUGUUACUACUCGUCGUCGUUGCGCCAUAUACGCUUCCCAAAACGAGUAAAUUUCACUCUACCUACCUACACCCUUUUGUUCUUCACUGAAAAUUCUUCGUGAAGAUGGUGGUUAAAAGCAACCAGCAACCGGAAGCCGAGUUGCUUCUUGAAAAGGUUCUUGGCCAGGAGGUCAAGAUACCAAACCUCUUUGCCCUCUGCCCGUUUGAGGUGAAAGUGGCUCCCAGGAGUGAGAAGCUAGAGAAGGAAGUAGAGCUCUGGCGAUCCAGAUGGAUCACCGACCCUACGGACUUGAAGCGCAACCGCGUGGUCGACCCUUGCCUGUUUGCACGGGCAGCUGCUCCGGAUGUUGAGCUCGAUGAUAUGAUCACUGUAGCCAAAUGGGUUGCUUGGAUAUAUUACUGGGACGACGCUUACGAUUAUGGCGACUUCGACGGCAGGACCAGGGAUAACGUCAUUCACCGCAAGCAGACCAUAGAGCUGUUCUAUCAGAGCCUGUACAACAAGUCGCCGAGCAGCAUCGAUCCGGCGACGAUCGCUCCAGGCUAUCUUACAGCACAGUCUGUCCAUGAAUGGGGAGCGGUGGUAGGGGAGAAUUGCGUAUCGGAUUCGUUAAAAGACUGGACGUUCAAGGUCUUCGCAGAGAGCUGCACAGCUAUUGCGCGUAUCCAGCACAUCUUCGACAGCGGCAAGAUACUGGAUCUCGAGACGUUUUGGGCCAUCCGCCACGACUCCUCGGCCUCGUUGCCUACUUUGGCGCUAGUAUUGUACGCGGACAAAGUCGCGUUUCCCGACUGGUUCUUUGACCACAAGCUAGUCCGCAAGGCCGCGGAGCUGAGCUGCAAUAUUAUCUGGCUGGCCAACGAUAUCAUGUCAGCACGCAACGAACUCCAAUGCAAACAUAUCGAUAACCUCAUACCGCUCCUCGUCUACCACAAGGGGAUCACGCCCCAAGAGGCCGUGGACGAGUCAGCCAGGAUGUUUCACCAGAUGUACCUUGACUUCCAGGACCUGCUGCCACAGCUCCUCCAGCUUGGCGAGGACCGCGGUGCGGUCGACGAGAUGCAGAGCUAUAUCAAGGACUGCAAAACAACGUGUUCGGGCAUUCUCCACUGGCAUUACCACAUCAAACGGUACCUUCCGUGGCAGCCGGGCAUGGACCUGGACAGUGUGUAUGUGAGGUUAGGGGAUGAGGACGUGCGGAAGUAGUUAAGUAGAUGAACUAAGCUGGGUUGGAAUGAUGGUACGGUACUGUUGCCAAGGCUUAGAGCAAAAAAGCAAUAUUCCGAGCUCUUGGGUUUUGGGUGAUGGGUAGCUUGGGUAGUUAGGGGUAGGUAUUUUUUCUGGUACGGGGUUUCGUUCCUAUCACGAUCUAGUUAACCCCCCCCAGGGUGUUCACCUAAUACCCAGUAAAUAGUGUGUAAGCACAUACUUACAUGUAUGUAGACACUUAGUUACUGCUUUCCUAGGAUAGUCCAUUUUAUGUUAGACUACUGUAUGUUGAAGAUAUUACCUAGCA